AUGUCUAGAAAUGUUGAAGAAAUGGUCAGAAUAGAUUCAGAAUCCUUUCUGGGUGUUUUUCUUAAUCCUAAAAGAAUAAAUAUAGACCUAUCAAAAGAAAUAUUAGAUUUAUUAGUUAAAUAUUAUUGUGAUGCCUAUAACAAAGAUUUUGUAGCAUUGUCAAAUAUUCAUGUUGUCAACCCAGAAGCUAUACCG